AUCGAGUCGCCUGACCACACAUAGGGUUCACCCCCUAGUGAGCUACACUCCCAAAAGUCAAGUUCGUCUUAAACAGUUUGUUGUCGAGCAAGUGCGGGGCUUAACUAAAGCCGUAUACUGUGACAAAGAGACCCUUAUCUAGGUCCCAAGCUCCUGUCCCCCUGUAUCCUUUCUGUAGUUGGGGUAGCAGAGAGAGACAGGCAGUGUCGGAGACAGCCUGUGUUCCCAGCAUGCCCGCUGCUCUCUGGUGCAGCGGCUGGGAGCUGAUGCUGCUGGCUGAUUGAGUGCCUUCCGUGUGAGUCAGUUUGCUGAGUAACAGCAUCAAUUCGUCCCUAAAGUAACUGAGCGACAGGCUCCGCAACCGGUAGGAAAAAACAAAACCGCCUGUUAGGAGUUGGUCAGAGAGAACGGCGGCACUGCCGACCGUGAAACCCACCUAGGAAAUGCCCCUUUUCACAACAAAUCCAUUUGACCAAGAUGUUGAGAAAGCAACCAGUGAGAUGAAUACUGCAGAAGACUGGGGUCUCAUAUUAGAUAUCUGUGAUAAAGUUGGACAGUCACGUACAGGGGUCAUCCAAAAGUGUGUGAAAAAUUAAAAGCUCUUAUGGUGGAAUGGAGUGAAGAGUUUAAGAGUGACCCCCAGCUUAGUCUGAUUUCUGCAAUGAUUAAAAACUUGAAAGAACAAGGAGUUUCAUUUCCUGCUGCUGGUUCACAGGCUGUAGAACAAGCUAAAGCAAGCCCAGCCCUAGUUGCCAAAGAUACAAGCACAACUCCAAGUAAAAAAGAAGAAGAAGAUAUAGCAAAAGCAAUUGAGUUGUCUUUAAAAGAACAAAAACAGCUACAGUCUACACUUUCUAAUGUAUAUCCAAAUCCAUCAAGUUUUCUCACAAAUCACAAAUCUGAAGGUCGAAAGGUUCGAGCCAUCUAUGACUUUGAAGCUGCUGAAGAUAAUGAACUCACAUUUAAAGCUGGGGAAAUUAUUACUGUGCUUGAUGACAGUGAUCCAAACUGGUGGAAAGGGGAGACAUAUCAAGGUACUGGAUUAUUCCCCUCAAACUUUGUGACUGCAGAUCUUACAGCAGAACCUGAAAUGAUGAAAACAGAAAAGAAAACUGUUCAGUUCAGUGAUGAAGUUCAGAUUGAAACUUUGGAACCAGAACCUGAGCCUGUAUAUAUUGAUGAAGGUAAAAUGGACCAACUACUACAGAUGCUACAGAGUGCAGAUCCAACAGAUGGGCAGCCAGACCCACCUGACCUGAUUCACCUGGAAGGUGCCUGUCACCAAAUGGGACCAUUGAUUGACGAGAAGCUGGAAGACAUUGACAGGAAACAUUCAGAAAUUUCUGAGCUGAAUGUGAGUGUGAUGGAAGCCCUCUCACUGUAUACUAAACUUAUGAAUGAAGAUCCAAUGUAUUCCAUGUAUGCAAAAUUGCAGAAUCAACAGUAUUAUGUACAGCCACCUGCAGCAGCUAGUUCACAGGUGUAUUCAACACAGACUCAGAAUGGAACAUAUAUGGUUACUGGAACACCGCAUAUGGGUUCUAUGCAAGGCUACAGCAUUCCGCCAGAGCAGCUUCCAUCUCAUAACCAAGGGGUUCUCCCACCGCCAGCAAGCCCUCUUCCUGGCCAGCAACCGCAGACAGCCUAUACAAACACUAUGAUUAGUUCAGUACCAGGCACUACAUUUCCAAACGAAGCUACAUUGUACAGUCCACCUCCACCUGCUAGUAAUGUUGAUUUCAGUGCUUAUCAGAAUGCUGGUAGCAGUGGUCAGCAGUUGCCAAACUACUCAGUAGCCUCUUCAAAUGUGACUCAACAAUCAGGUGGUCAUCAGCAGCCAUCCUUCUCCCAGAAAGCACUACUAUAGGACAUGGAACACCGUCACAUUCAUCAAUGAUCUCUGUGGAAUAUGCAGUAAUUGGAAUUGCUUGACAAGUAACCCUUUCACAGCUGGCCAUUAUGACUAAAUUGGGAGUUUGUUCCCUUUCCAUACACUUCUGAAUUUGAAAGGGCUGAACUUUUGUCUGUUUGCACAGACAGUUCACAACAUUUUGUUCCUCUUAGGACAUACCUUUUAGCAGAAGGAUGUAAAUACUAAGGAUGUACGAUUUCCAAGAUCUGCAUAGAUGGCUGUUAGGUCUGCACUUUUCACGGAUCAUCUGGUUCAUUCAGGUUCACAUAUGCUGUUCUUGUCUGCUGUAUGCUUCCUGUCUUUUUACACCAGUGAAAUGUUCUGCAUUGAACUCUGUGCUUCCUCUGGGUACUAAUUUUGUCUGCUGUGUAUGAAGUCGACACAUCGCUGAUAAAAAUUUUAUAUAGCCUUCAUUAUGCCAUCAUGUUUAGCUGCUGUACUGAGAUGCAUUAAGUUUGCCAAGCCAGACAAACCUCUUGUUAUAUAGCUGUAGUCUGCCUGAGAGCCAGUAGAACUAAGAUUAAUUGGAAAAAGCUGCACACAAUUCUUAUUUUUUGCUGUUUUUUCUAGUUUUGCAUUUGAUAAGUCAAAUGCAUUUGUAGCCUGAGAGUUAAUGUUUCUUCCUUUAUCUCUUACUAAACCAGAUGUUGUUGUCAGAUCUGGAGUCAGUGGUGAUAGAUCUUAAAUCUACUGAAUGAUCUCUGCCAAGCAAUGAAUGCACUUUGUUUAGACGUCUCCAUAUACAUACAUAAUUAAAAGCUAAAAUGUACCAGCCGCUUGGCCAAAUUCUGUUACCUAUGCUGACCAUGUUAGUAUUGGAUAAAAUGUUUAACCAGAAGGAGAGAUUGCACAUUCUUCAGGUGUAAAGGCUAAUUGUGUCUUUAUUUUAAAAUAGAAUACCAAUUUUUUGGUAGUGCACUUUCCCUUUGAAUAAUAAAAAAACGUUCCUCGAA